AUGUCUAAGGCAUCCCGGCCAUCGAAAUUGAAAUCUUCUGCGUCUCUUCAUACCUCUGAAUCUGUACCUCCUGGAUAUGUAUUGGAUCCGAGGGCUCCACCAAUGCUACGAUUUCAAGAAUCCCUUCCGCAUCUUCCCGUGCCUUCCCUCUCGUCAACUGCCGCCAAGUACCUCGAGACUGUCAGACCGCACGUUAAUGAUAUUGCUUUCGCAGAGACGGAAGCUGCCGUGAAAGAGUUUAUAUCAUCGCCGCAGGUUGCGGAACUGCAGAAGAGGUUGGAAGCAAGGGCAGCGGAACCUGGGAUCAAGAACUGGCUCAGUAACUGGUGGAACGACGUUGCCUAUAUGGGCUACCGGGACCCAGUAGUCGUAUUCGUCAGUUACUUCUAUGUGCAUCUUGAUGACAAAUUUAGAAGGGAACCAGCUGCACGGGCCGCUAGUCUGAUCAAAGCUAUGAUGGUUUUCCGUGAAAUGACUGAAGGCCAGCUACUUGAACCCCAGAAAGUACGCGGCGCACCUCUAUGUAUGGAUUCAUACAAAUGGUUAUUCCAUUCAUCUCGUUAUCCCGUGAAACCGUCAGACGUUGCGAAAAAACACGAUCCGAAGACAAAUAAUCAUGUUGUGUUCAUCCGCAAAAAUAGGUUCUUUUCCGUACCUCUAGCUAUUGACUCCGACCCAAGACGUGAGCUAUCGGCAGCCGAACUUGAAGUGUUCGUGAAUUCUUUCGUAGGGAGGAUCAUCCAGCAAGCUGGUUCUGAAUCAGCUACAACCGUUCCAAUUGGCGCACUUACUUCGGAUAAUCGUGACUAUUGGGCCGAUGCCCGAAAGACAGUUAUUGAUGGGUCCCCGGAAAACGAGAACGCGUUGCGGGAAAUUGAAAGUGCCAUGAUCGUCGUAUGCUUAGAUGAUACAAAACCAGUCACGCGAGAAGAGAUUUCCUGGUCUUGUUGGGUCGGGAAUGGACGGAACCGCUUCUAUGACAAACAUCAACUUAUCGUCUUUGACAAUGGCCGUUCAGGUUUCCUGGGCGAACAUUCGUGCAUGGAUGGUACCCCUACGUUGCGAAUGAACGAGUUUAUUCUGGCUGCCAUAGCUCAAAACAAGAUAAAUCUUGGACCUCCGCGUACAAGCGAAACUGAAGUUUCACUUCCUCAACCAGUUGAGAUCAAAUUUGUUUUGAACGACAAAAUACGGAAAGAUGUCGCCUCCGCUGAGGAACGCUUCGACAAACUUGUCGCCGAUCAUGAUUUGCACGUGCUUCAUUAUGAAGGAUACGGGAAGAAUUAUAUUAAGAAAUUCAAAGCGUCCCCGGAUGCUUGGGCCCAGCUCGUGAAGCAGCUCGCUUUCCACAAGAUGUUCAAUCGUCCCCCAGUUACUUAUGAAAGUGCCCAGACGAGGAAAUACCAACUCGGACGGACCGAAGUCAUUCGAAGUGCCAGCAACGAGUCCAAAGCAUGGGCAGAGGCAAUGCUUGAUCCACACCAGACCGACGUCCAUCGAUCUUCGUUGUUCCGCGCUGCAAUGACGCGUCAUCUACAGUACGCAGCUUGGGCUGCUGACGGACAAGGAGUUGACAGACAUCUCUUUGGGCUCAAGAAGAUCAUGAAUGAGGGUGAAGAAUUGCCCGCUAUCUUCAAGGAUUCCUCGUACGCUAAGACUAGCCAUUGGGAGCUGAGUACCAGUCAGUUGAGUAGCGAUUACUUUGACGGAUGGGGUUAUGGGGAAGUCGUUCCCGAUGGAUACGGACUCUCCUACUCUAUUGGAGACGAUUACAUUCGUUGGACAAUCACAAGUCUUAAACGCAGUACUGCAGAACUCAAACAUUAUCUGGCUGAGGCAGCAACAGAGACGCGUAUCAUGAUGGAAAACGCUGCUGCUCAAAUUGCAACGGAUAAAACCAAGCUAUAG